AUGUUCGAACAGCCCAUCGUAGCGUUCUCGCGCUCAGAGGGCGACGAGCUCUUCAAUCUGGUCGGUGCAACCAUCGUGGUUGACGAAUCAGACCCGAUCGGCAUUCACAUUGCAGCACAGAAUCUUGCCAACGACUUUGGCCGCGUCACAAAGUCUGAGCCGAAGCCUUUGCUUGUGUCCAAAGAACACGAGGUCGAUGCUGACACUGGCGCGGACGUUGGCAUUCUCAUUGGAUGCAUCGAGUCGAGUCGUCUGCUCCAACGGUUGGAGAAGGACGGAAAGCUCGACUUCGGCCAUAUUCGCGGAAAGUGGGAGUCAUUCCUGACGGCCCCUGUCACCGACCCCUUUCCGGGGUGCAGAAAGGCGCUUGUGAUCGCAGGGAGCGACAAGCGCGGAGCAAUAUUUGGAUCGUACACGUUGUCUGAGCAGAUCGGGGUGUCGCCCUGGUACUUCUGGGCAGAUGUACCUCCUAAACAUCACGAGGAGAUAUAUGCCCUGCCUGAGCCUACGUACAAUGGAGAGCCCUGCGUGCGGUUUCGAGGCAUUUUUAUCAACGAUGAAGCUCCGGCACUCACAGGAUGGGCCAGAGACAACUUUGGAGGUUACAACUCGGAAUUCUACAAGAACGUAUUUGAACUGCUGCUGAGACUGAAGGCGAACUUCAUGUGGCCGGCAAUGUGGCCCGGAUAUCCAAAUCCUGGGGCUAGUUUCUUCACAGACGACUUAGAGAAUGCCAAAGUUGCCAACGACUAUGGUAUCGCCGUGUCAACCUCGCAUCAUGAGCCAAUGCAGCGGGCAACAAACGAGUGGUUUGCGGACAACCCAGACGGAAGCUGGAACUGGCUGACAAACAAGGAGAAGAUUACCGAGUUCUUCGAGGAAGGAGUCAAAAGAGCGAAAGGUGUCGAGUCUUACUUUACGAUUGGAAUGCGUGGAGAGUACGACAAAGGCAUGAAGACAGAUGACCCAGCGGCUGUGGUCCGUGACGUGAUUAAGACCCAGAGAGCCGUAAUCAAGGAGGUUCAUGGCAGGGAGGAUGCGGUUCCACAGCUUCUGGCUUUGUACAAGGAAGUACAAGACCAGUAUGAAAGUGCGACGAUUGAUGUACCUGAUGAUGUGACUCUCCUGUUUGCGGACGACAACUUUGGAAGCAUAAGACGUCUUCCGAAGGAGAAAGAGAUGAGUAGAAUGGGAGGCGCAGGUAUAUACUACCACUUUGAGUACGUGGGGACUCCACGCAGCUACAAGUGGAUCAACAGUAACUCCCUGGGGAAAACAUGGCACCAACUACAAGAAGCGCAUCGGCGCAACGCAAAGCAGAUUUGGGUCUUCAACGUAGGCGACAUUAAACCCAUGGAAGUCCCACUCACCUUUGCAAUGGCACUGGCUUGGGACAUCAAGUCCAUCGAAGCACAGAACUUCGUCAAAUUCUACUCUUCUAUGGCUGAAGCCAACUUUGGUGCAGAUCUGGCGACCGAGAUCGCAGAUGCGUGGCAUCGGUAUGAUAGACUAGCCGCACUACGAAGGCAUGAACACAUCGAGCCGACCACAUUCUCCCUGCUGCACUAUGGCGAGGCAGAAAGUGUCGUGAACCGAUAUGACUCGCUUCUCGACUCGGCCCAAGCAAUUCACGACCGCGCACCGGAACACCAGAAGGCGGCAAUAUUCGAGACAGUCCUGCACCCUGUCAAAGCGUCCCAAAUCUUCACCAAGCUGCAGAUCACUCUGGGCAGAAACCAGCUGUACGCCCGUCAAAGACGAAACACUGCCAACAAGCUGGCUCGUGAGGUCCUCGACCUCUUCGACGAUGACUACACACUCAGUGAGGAGUUCCAUUCCUUGCUUGGCGGGAAGUGGAACCACAUCAUGAGCCAGACACAUUACGGCUUCGGCGAUACCUGGCACGCGCCGUCGCGUGAUAUGAUCAGUGGUUUGUGUUAUGUCCAGCGUCGGCAGAACUCCAAUCCAAUCGUCGGCCAAAUGGGAGUUGCCGUCGAGGGCCAUGCAGGCGUUCGCCCAGGAAGAACGAACGAAGAAUCUGAUCGAACGCAUCCCAGCCGACGAGACCUGGUACCUGGUGUCACUUUUGGUCCCAUGAGCCGAUACGGGCCACCAAAGAGGUGGUUUGAUAUCUUCACAAGAGGAAACCAAGUCAUUCAUUGGAAAACGUCCUCCCCGGUUCCGUGGGUUCAGCUCUCUACUACGGAGGGCACGCUUGAUCCUGACGGUGACGAUGCACGCAUCUCGAUUGCCGUUGACUGGGAAAAGGUGCCGGACGAUUUCGACCAGGAAGUUCUGAUCGACAUUCAAUCCCAAGAAGGCGACUUCGAACAGGUUCACCUUCCAAUCACUGGCAGACGAGUUCCGGAGACAUUCAGUGGCGGAUUCAUCGAAAGCGACGGAUGCGUUUCCAUCCCAGCUUCGCAUUGUCAUCCACCUGAGUACAGACUGCUGCCGGACUGCGGUAGAACAGGAAAUGGAGGAGUCUCUGUUGUUGAUAUUUACGAGAUUCCUGACGAGCUUCUCAGCUAUACCUUUUAUGUCUUCUCACAAACCACGACACCGACUCUGAAGUUGUAUUUCAACAUGACGUUGGAUUUGGAUCCUAAAGACACGAUGGUGUACGGAUUCCAAGUUGAUGAGGAGUCCGGGGGAUUAUGGCCGCUACUGAAACAGAAAAAGCGCGCAGAUCUACCCGAAGGAUGGUUCCACGCAGUUCAGGAUUGUAAUUGGUUACGAACUCACAAGUUAAGUAAGUUUAACUUGGGCCCUGGAGAACACACCAUCAAGAUCCAGUUGAGACAUUCGAAUUUGAUCUUGGAGAAGGUAGUGAUUGACUUGGGAGGAGUCAAGGAAAGCUAUCUGGGACCCCCCGUAAGCUCGUACGUGGGCAAGUGA